CCGGAACAUAUAACAUUCGACCAAAAUUCGCGUGAUCAUGCCACAUCUUGGGUCGCCUGUUCUUGGUGAGGUUGUAAAAAUGACGAACCUCGUUGUGAAGGACUCUUGGAGCGCGGAGAUUUCAGUGCGUUUUGACUCGAUGUGACUGGCUGAGGGGCAAGGCGAGGGGAGUAGUUGUCGAUUCUCUUCAUUCACAUCCGAGACUUGGUUUUGUUACAGGAUGUCGGGCGUUGUUGCAUCUCAAGUGAUCUCAAACUCGCCAAGCUUGGUACUGCUAGUAUGGUUACAUGGGUUCAAAGGUGGUGACGAUACUUUCGAAUCGUUUCCAGAACGAUUGACCUUCUUGUUAACCGAGACCUGGCCACACACUCAAUGUACUUCGAUAAUCUAUCCAGCCUAUGAUACCCGAGGAUCUCUGUCAAAGGCAUCCGAGGUCUUUUUGGAUUGGUUGACCGUCAAAACAACAGAGUAUGAAACCGCACAUGCAACAACUUCGCAAGGCAAGAGCAAAACAGAUGUAGGAAGAGAGCAAGCUUAUGUGAUUUUAUUAGGCCACAGCAUGGGUGGACUGGUAAUAGCCGAUGCAACCUUAAAGCUUAUCCGUGAACGAGAUUCGCAAACGAACUUGCAAGACUCGAUCAUUUGGCCUGGGAUCAUCGGAUUGAUUGGCUAUGAUACACCUUACUAUGGCCUCAACCCGACCUUUUUUACCAAUACUGCCAAUGAAUAUCUGGGGCAUGCAAAGACGGCCCAACAAGUCAUGAACAACCUUGGUCUAGGGCUUGCAUUCGGCAUGGGGGCUGCCGGUUCAAGCUCAGCCAAUGGACCUACUGCAGCUCAGAAGAAGGAUAAAUCAUCCCCCGAACCGCAUAAGAAAGAUCAAGAACAAAAAGCAACAACACAGCCAACGAACGCGGCUAGUAAUUGGAUGAAACUCGGCCUAGCUGCUGUCGGUGUCGCCGGCCUAGCCGCUGCGGCUGGAACUACUUAUUGGCAAAAAGACAAGAUCACCGAAAACGUGGGCUGGGCGGCCAGUCACCUUGAUUAUGUCAAAGAGCUGUUUGAAACUGAUCGACUAAAUCAAAGAAUGACCGAUAUCAUUAAACUCCAACCCGUGAUGAAUUUCCAUUGUUUUUAUACUGAAAUUCCAAAAGUAGAUCCAAAUUCGAGUGAUCGGCACUUUAUCAUAUUGCCUUCAUCCAAGACGCAGCCUAGAGGAAUUGAUGCUAGCUUCUCGGUAAACCAGAACCAAAAAGCCGCCAACGAGAUCAAUGCUCAUACGACGAUGUUUAAUCAGAAUUUGAAUUCGGGGUAUUGGGAUCUCGGAAAGGACAGUGCCCGAUUGAUCUCAAAUUGGCUGCAAGAAUCCCAUCAACAUCGGUCCCAAUUGAAUCGAAAUCUGGAUGACCAUGUUCUCAAUCAAUCCUCCAAGUUCACACAAGAUCCUACAAAUCGCGAUCAAUUGGCUGGAGAUGCUAAAGUGAAAUUGGAUGAUGAAGUCGGGGAUCAACAGCUUCGAGAUGAACUGUGAACCUUUUUUCCAUGUUUUGUGCUGGAUUCAUUGGACCUGCGCAUUCCUUUUCUAUCCAUGCAAGGUCUGUUGAAUGAAGAGAGUGUCAAAUUUUAGAGUAGCUUCUCUCUAUCAUUUCUUAUCCGAUAUCUGAAGAUUCAACUGAUGCAUAUAAAACACACCCUGGUGAUUUGGUC